UUUAUUUCACUUUGUGGCCUUUGAACCUGGAUGAUACAUUAUUAAACGGUUUUAUAUAUUAUUAUUAAACAUGUGGCUAUAGCUAACGCAGUAUAAAUAGCGCUUUUAUGCUAUCGGACAAUAAUAUAUCCUAUUUAGAUAUGAUAUCGACAUAAUUAUGGACUUUGACGGGAAUAAAUAUACAUGAGUGAUUUGUUUGGUAAUUAGUAUCCCUUCCACAAUCUCAAUGACUAUGAUAUUCCUGUCUUGACCACAGCUUGCCUCGUAACCAGUGAAGGAUACUGUGCAGAUCGGUAAAAGGAAUUACAUCAAGAACGUAGUUUACUUAACGAAAAUAUGGAUACGUUACAAUUGAAAGCAAAUAUCGUCGAUGUGUUGCGUUCCGAAGUGGAAAAAACCUUUAAAAUGUCAACAACCAGCACGAUACCUGGCUUGGCUUAUUUGCCGGCGAGAGAAGAACCAAAAAUUGCGUUAAAUUUUCUGGAGGCUAGAAAAAAAAUAGAUGGUGCAGAAGGACUAUGGAGGAUCGGAAAUAAGCUUUACAAUUUGGAAACUUUUAUAAAAUCACAUCCGGGUGGAGCUGAAUGGCUUUUACUUACGAAAGGAACCGAUAUUACCGAACUGUUCGAGAGCCACCACAUCACCGACAAAGCUGAACAGCUGCUGCCGAAAUUCUACAUUCGCGAAGCCGCGACUCCUCGGUCAGUGCCUCUGACCUUUCUACCAGACGGUUUCUAUCGUACAUUCAAGAAGCGCGCAGUCGAGGCUUUAAAGACCGUCGAUUUUCAUAAACCAUCCACGACGACAAACCUUAUUAUAGAUUCCUUAGUGGCUAUGACCUUUACAUUGACUUUUGCGGCCGCCUUCGCCCAUUCUUAUGCCAUUGCCGUUCUCGCUAGUGUUUUUUUGGGGUGGACGACCGUCGCGGCACAUAAUUACUUCCAUAUGAGAAACAACUUUCGUAUGUAUUAUUUUGACCUCAGCAUGCUAUCUUCAAAAAAUUGGCGCAUCACGCACGUGAUGAGCCACCAUAUGUACACCAACACUCUAUGGGAUUAUGAAAUCUACGUGGUCGAGCCGUUUCUGCAAUGGAUCCCUCGCAAAGAUAAAUCCUACUUAGCGGGAAUGAUAAGCAAGAUUAUCAGUCCCAUUGUCUGGAUGCUGCUGUUCCUUAGAGAAGGCUUGGCACGAUACUAUGUAGUAAUCAAGGUACAUAGAGUCUUCGAAUUUCGUGACAUCGUACCGUUUUUGCUGCCUCUGUCAAUGUAUUUGGUGACAGCCAACAUUCUUGUUGUUCUCAAGUUGUGGCUGUUAAUGCUGUUAAUCAGUAGCUUUAUGUUUGGUUUGAUCGGCUUCAACGCAGCCCAUCAUCAUCCUGACAUCUUCCACGACGGUGAUAUUUACAGGAAUGAUCUGGAUUGGGGUCUACUUGAGUUGGACGCCGUGCGCGAUCGCGAGGUGAUCGACGACUCGAUCUUCCUUGCGCUCACGAACUUCGGCUCGCACACGUUGCACCAUCUGUUACCCACCGUUGACCAUCAUUACCUGCAAUUGUGCGUGCCCGCUUUCCUGCAGACGUGCAAGGAAUUCCACGUCAGCUCGGACAAGUGGACGCAGUGGGAGCUUAUAAAAGGACAAUUCAGGCAGCUCACGCGAACUGACGCAAAGAAGAAUCACAGGUAGCGCUUAUCUUCAGUGAAACGUCCUCGAUUGCGGAUAAUACCAGAUUUUUAUGAAAUCUUUAAUUUUUUUACGUGUCAUUUUGUAACGUAAGCGUCCCGGGCGAAUAACGAUAUGUACGAGAUUAUAAUUGAAGUAGGUAGAAACUUGCUAAAUUGUGCACGUAAAUUUUACAAGUUGAAUUAAAAUUAUAUAGAUGUGAUAUAGAAAUAAAUUGAUAAUCAUCUUGUUUCAAGAAAUAAAAAAAAAAUUACAGGAACAUUUAUACAGCACAAAUUUCCAAGGAAUAUUAUAAAAUGUUUGAAUAUUUUAAGGUCUAAAACAUCCUUAGGAAAAAGUGUAAUGUAUGUAUCGAUUAUGUGAAGUUAUUUAUCUGUUAAAGCCGAAAAUAAUUUUGUAUAAUUAUUUUAUACAUACAAUUACUUUAUGUAUGACUAUUUGUAUUUCAAUUAUAAAAAUUUGGAUUUGAAUUUAUAAUAAAUUUAAUUGACAAUUAAACAAAUAAAUCUCUUCGCUUUAUAGCGAGAA